UAUUCGUUGUGCUGCGGUGUGAAAAACUGUCCAGAAAUGUUGUGCCUAAAGACCGGUGUUAUUUGUUUACUAUUUGCUGCCUGUGUUCUAGCUGAAGCGCCAUAUGCCGCAACAGGUUGGCGUCCACUGCGCCCGUUUAACUUGCCUACUGACAACUUGCCUCCACCACGUGAUAUUGAAAAGCAAAGACAACCUCCACAACCCAUAUUUGAUGUAGAACUCAAAAAACAGCGUAUUGAAUAUGUGGGACAAAUACAAGAAAAUAUUUUGAGUUCUCCUAAUGCAUACUUGCCACCAAGAAGGCAGAGCACUGAUUUGGAUUUAAAAGUACAACGCCCACCCUAUCAGAAGCCAGGACCACAAUUCGUUUUGCAAACAGCUGGCUACCGGCCACAAGGGCAACAGAACACACGCAUAUUUCAAAUUUCAAACAGCAGACAACAACCAACAGGAGAACAAGGUUCUCUGCGUCCACAAAAACCUAAACACUUCGCUUUUGGAGUGCAACAACAGUCUACUUUAUCACGACCAGCACAAACYUAUGGGCCACCAAGCAACGGAGGAGAACAAAAAUUUACCAUUAACUACCCGGACGAUAUAGAACCACRUCAAGCGGAUGCUGAAUUGGAGGAAGCAACGCGUAUUGCCAUUGAAGCACUUAAUGCAGCUAAAGACGCAUACAAUCGUCAACUCGAAGCUGAUGCAGUGAAUAGUGAUGAUGGCGCAUCUGAGGCAGAUGUGCAGGAGGUUAACGUUGACGGUACAAAGAAAGCAAGUGUCGGCUACCCCGUCUCRCGUGCGACUCGUGGUCAAUAUUAUGUUUUGGGACCUGAUAAUCGCCUGCAGUUGGUGCGUUUCACAACUACACAAAGUGAGGAGGAAGCUCGAAAGAAUGGUGGUUUCACUGCACAAUUGCAGUAUACGCCUGUAGGUGAAAUUAACGAUCCGAUUUUCAAAUCCAACAGMAACGGGCAAUUGGUGAGAAUUGUUAAAAAAUAAUAGCGUGGUUCACGUUAGAUGCGUACUAUACUAUUGGUUGUAUAAACAUACCUAUAGCAAUAGACCAAAACAUGGUUAAGGUGUAUGUACAGAUGUAAAUAUGUAUGUAAAUGAACAAAUAUAUAUACAUACCUUUUAGAUGUAAUGAUUUKUGUUUGUUUUCUUAUUGGACGAAAUAAAUUCUAAUAAUUUCAUAACCAGACUUCCGCACUUCAUCUUACAACACUUGCAAACACACACACAAAUUAGCAUAAAGGCUUUUGAAAGAACUGGCAAAUGACUGCUGCAAACACCAGUUUCAUUCACUGAAUUGGAAGAACUCACACUUUACACGCAGUAUUUUAUGCACUACAACGACAUUUAUUACCACCUUCAUUUCUAUUAGCUUAAUUUUUAGUAUAAAUAAAAUUAAAUUCAGUWACCGACGCCACCGGAAAGCGGUAAAUUUUUUACUGAGCUAACUGUCAAAAACUGUAAAA